GGCUCGUUUGGAGGAAGAAAAAGAAUUUCUAGUUCAGAACUCGAUGCAAUGAUUGGUAGUUCGAUCAUUAGAGGUGGUGAUAAAUAUUCUGAUUUUAAAGUUAUAAGUGGAGUAAUAGGAACAGAAGUUAAAACAGGCCGGAACAAAGUAUCAGCUAAAGUUGAAGUAGAUGUGAAUUUGGUAGAAGCUGAAAUUGUAGGUAUUAAAGGAAAUUUGGGAGUCAGUGCUGAUUCGGGUGUAUCAAUUGGUGAUGGUAGUGUAGAAACUAAGCUUGCAGGCGUAGGUUUUAAGGUUGAGAAAGAAAUAGGUAUAAGCACACCUAUUGAGGGAGUAUCUAUUGGUCUUUGA